UCACAGUGGAGAAGAAGAAGCAAGCAGGAGGAAUUACUGCAGGAGAAACUACUGACAUACUAUAGUAAAGAUGGAGUUUGAGGAAGAACCCUGCAGAAUGAGAGAUAAAGAGACAAAGGAACUAAUAGACCUGAUGGAAGUGAAUGAAGACAAAAGGCAUCAGUUUCAAAAGAAUAUAGAAAAUGAAGAUGGAAACAUAGUCAUUUCACAGACUAAAAAGAAUUUCAUACAGAAACAAGCUGGAAAAACUGGAAUCAAAGGAUCUUUCACCUGCUCUGAGUGUGGAAAGAGUUUCACUCAGAAAGGAAACCUUAAUGUGCACAUGAGAAUUCACACUGGAGAAAAACCGUUUACAUGCACUCAGUGUGGAAAGAGUUUCAUAUGUAAAGCAAAUUUAAUUGUGCACAUGAGAGUUCACACUGGAGAAAAAACGUUCACAUGCACUCAGUGUGGAAAGAGUUUCACUCAGAAAAACACUCUCAAAGAGCAUCUGCGCUCUCACUCUGGAGUAAAGUCUUUCCGCUGUGAUCAGUGUGAUAAAACAUUUGUUUUAGAAUCAAGCUUCAAAAAACACCUUAAAAUCCAUGCUGGUGUCAAGCCUCACUUUUGCUCUUUUUGUGGAAAGAGUUUUUUACGACUGGAGCAUUUAAAACACCAUGAGCGUAUUCAUACUGGUGUGAGACCUUAUAUGUGCUUUGACUGUGGGAAGACCUUCGCUAAAUCCAGUGCCUUAAAACAACACCAGAGAGUUCACACUGGAGUUUCACUCAGAAAAACACUCUCAAAGAGCAUCUGCGCUCUCACUCUGGAGUAAAGUCGUUCCGCUGUGAUCAGUGUGAUAAAACAUUUGUUUUUGAAUCAAGCUUCAAAAAACACCUUAAAAUCCAUGCUGGUGUCACUUUUGCUCUUUUUUGUGGAAAGAAUUUUUACAACUUCAGAAUUUAAAAGUCCACGAGAGAAUUCAAAAGAUCUUCACUACACCCAGUCACUUAAAAUCUCACCAGAGAAUUCAUACUGGAGAGAAGUCGCACCAGUGCUCUUCAUGUGGAAAGAGUUUCACCCAUAUAUCUAAUCUACAGACUCAUAAGAAAAAGCAUUGCCUGAAGUUGCCUCACUAAGCAAAAGUUAAUGUUCAGAUCCAUCACUCACGAGUAAGUGAAUAAUUUGUCAUUCAGAUUAAGCAAAAGCUUGUUUCCAUAGUGAUUCAGUCUAAUGGGGUAAUUUACUAAAAUUAGUAGUGAAGGUUGAUCAUUUAACAAAGGAUGUUUUGGCAGGGUCAUAGUAUAUGAAGGAAAUGUGUCUGUGUGGAUAUUCUGUUCCAGUGAAGUCCUGACAAAACUCAGCCUUGAAGUGAAAAUAUAUUGUGUUUUAUCAAAUUGUGUUUACAGAGGUUGUUUAUUAUUAUGAGACGCAUGUGACAUUGUCAAAUGAACCUAUCAGAACCUGUAGAUGUGAUGUCAGCUGAUUAUCCAUGACUAUAAGUACUAGUGUUUCUGUAUCCUUGUUAGUUCAAGGCAAGAUCCUCUUUCUCAUUUCUAUGGCCUAUAGAAGUGUGCAGAACUUUUUCUUCAAUAAAGUCUCUUUUAACUUGUUGAAACUUUUGACUCCUGGUCUUCAUUGAGCAUUUUGUUCU